UAUAAAUUUGUAAAACCCUCGCCUUCUUCCUCCCACUUAUUCUAUUCCUCUUCUCACUGCAACUCCUCCGCCACCACUCGCCGCCGCCUUCUCGCCAUGCCGAAGCACUAUAGGCCACCCGGGAAGAAAAAGGAAGGAAAUGCGGCGAAGUACGUUACGAGGUCCCAAGCUGUGAAGAACCUCCAAGUUAGCCUUCCAGUCUUCAGGAAACUAUGCAUCCUCAAAGGUGUUUUCCCUCGGGAACCAAAGAAAAAGGUGAAGGGAAAUCACCAUUCCUAUUAUCAUAUGAAAGAUAUCAUGUUCCUCAGACACGAUCCCUUGCUAGAGAAACUGAGAGACAUACGCGCUUAUGAGAAGAAGGUCAAGAAAGCCAUGUCAAAGAAAAACAGGGAUCUCGCCGAACGGUUGUUGACACGGAAGCCUACUUACACUCUUGACAGGCUUAUUAAGGAGAGGUACCCUAAAUUCAUUGAUGCACUGAGGGAUCUUGAUGAUUGUCUUAGUAUGGUACACCUUUUUGCUGCAUUGCCUGCUGUGGAUAGGGCUGUAGAUGGAGAAAAGAUUCCUGUGGACCGUGUCCAUAAUUGCAGAAGGUUGAGUCAUGAGUGGCAGGCCUAUAUUUCUCGCACCCAUAAACUACGGAAGACAUUCAUUUCCGUGAAAGGAAUAUACUACCAAGCAGAAGUUGAGGGGCAAAAGAUUACUUGGUUAACUCCACAUGCAUUGCAACAAGUGCUUCCUGAAGUUGAUUACAGAGUCUUGCUAACAUUUUUGGAAUUUUAUGAGACUCUUCUUGCAUUUGUUAAUUUCAAACUUUAUCAUUCAAUAAAUGUGAAGUACCCACCCAUUCUUGAUCCACGGCUGGAAGCUCUGGCUGCAGAUCUUUAUGCCUUGUCUAGAUACUUUGAUGCCAAUGCUCAAAGUUCCUCAAUGAAGACAAAAGCCAUUACUUCAACUGGGUCUGAGCAAGUUGAGGACCAGAAGGAGGGUGCAGAGCUUGAUGAGGCUGAACUGAGGCUCGCCCAACUUCAGCAGCAACUUCCUUCUAAUGAACCUGGUGCUCUGAUGCACCUUGUUGAAGAUGCUGCUAGCGAGGAUGAGGAAGAUGUAGAAACAAGGGAAUGUAAAAAUCUAUUCAAGAACAUGAAAUUCUUCUUGAGUCGUGAGGUUCCUAGAGAGUCAUUGCUGUUUAUCAUCCCUGCUUUUGGUGGCAUUGUUUCUUGGGAAGGUGAAGGAGCACCAUUUGAGGAGUCUGACCAGAGCAUCACUCAUCAGGUUGUUGAUAGGCCAGCACAAGGUCGCAAGUUCCUCACCAGAGAAUAUGUCCAGCCGCAGUGGGUCUAUGAUUGUGUGAAUGCGCGCAUUAUAUUGCCGACUGAAAAAUAUAUGGUGGGAUGUAUUCCUCCACCGCAUUUGUCUCCAUUUGUUGAUAAUGAAGCAGAAGGUCAUAUACCCGAGUAUGCAGAAGCUAUUGAACGACUGAAGGCUGCUGAAAGAAAAGAAGUCUUACCGUUGCCCGGCAUGGGAAAAGAAGAUUUAGAUGAUCCUCAGAAUUUACUAGGUAUUAUUGAUCGGGCAGAAGCUAUUGAAGCUGCUAAGAGAAAACAGAAGAUGUCAAUGUUGGAAAAACAAUAUCAUGAAGAAUUGAAACUAGAGCUUCAAGGUGCUGAGUAUUCUGCUCCCUCUACUGACAUUGAGGGCAGGGAUGCUGAAGGAGACACUGCGCCUGAUUUGCAGCAACUUGCUGAGGAUGCUGCCAAUAUGUCGAAGGUUGUAAUGCCACGCAAGAAGAGGAAGCUCCUAGAAGCAAUGGAGAUUGGCAAAGAGAGGAAACGGGCACAUGUACUUCGUCUGAAAGAGCGGAAGAAAAAGAUCGAUGAAGCCAAGAAAUCUGCAUAGAUGUGCUACUAGUCCUACAGUUAUAAUGUAUAAGGUGCUUUCUGUGUGCUGUAGUCUUGGAAUAUUAAUCUUGUAUGGCUGGCAUUAGCAAUCAUUUAUGGUUGGCUACAAUUUUGUUGUAAUAUGUGAUUUUGAACAAUCUGAUUUUAGCAAUCUUUAUACGUUUUGUAUUUUAAUUGUGGAAACUGCACUAAAAUCUCUAAUCUAAUCUGUAUGUAAUCUUCUGGCACUGAA